AUGGAUAAGUCUAAUAACAGUGUGGCGGAUCAUUAUAACAAGAUAAAGAGCAUUUCUCUGUGCAAUAGAGAGGUUUCUCAGAUUAUUGGGGUCCGUGAGGUGAAUAAUUUCUUGAAGCAGAGGCUAAUACAGAAAUUUAUCCAGCAAAACAGUGUUGUGCUAGAUCUGGGCUGUGGAAAAGGAGGUGAUUUAUCCAAGCUAAAGCACUGCCCAGUCAGAACAUAUUAUGGGUGCGACAUUGCACAGGACUCAUUAAAGGAGGCACUCAGCAGGUCAAUUGGUCUGAAAUUUAAAACGCAUUUUUUAAAUGCCAACUUUGCAAGUGAUAAAAUCACAAUAGAAGAGAAGGCAGACCUGGUGAUGUCCCAAUUCAGUUUUCAUUAUGCAUUCUCAUCAGAGAUAUCAAUGAAAAAGGCAGCAAUGAAUGUCUUCAAUAAUCUGAAAGAAGGAGGCGUAUUCAUACUAACCAUCCCAGACACAAAUGUAAUUCUGCGCAGGUCAGAGCGCAAUGCAGUGGAUGGGUCAUUCGGAAAUAGGCUCUACAAGGUUGUUCCAAGUCCUUCUUUCUACACAGAAAAAUCAUUCGGAAGGGGCUACAAGUUCUACCUGCAGGAGGCUCUGACAGGAUGUGAGGAAUAUCUUACUAACAUGGAGUAUUUAACUGAAUUCUUCAAGAGUAAAGGCAUGGUGAAGAUAUUUGACACCGACUUUUUGUCAUUUAUUAAUACAGAAAUGUUCGCAGAUAAGGAGAUGUAUUCAAGAAUGGUAAAACGAGUUCUAACACAGGAAGAACUCCCAAUAAUUGAGCUGUAUAGAGCUAUAGCAUAUAAAAAGAAUUAA